GUGGGAACGUUGAUCAGAUCAUAUGGUACGAAGAUGAGGGCAUUGAUAAGCAGUGUACGAGUGCGAGUAUAUCAGCUUCUUAUGCUGCUACCACCAAAGAGCUAUGAACACAUGUUCCACUCGCUGCUUCGUGAACUUGUUGCUGAAGUGACCCUGUCGGAUGACCAAGGUUCGCAGCUGAUGACUUCAGUAGCGGGCACCUUGUGCUCCGGGGCUGAGUAUACCCUGUUAGCUCCUUGGAGCGGUGGAGCUACCGACCAAGCUUUAGUGGAGGACCAGGUACUUUGA